AUGGCCGCCGCCGCUCCUCUGAAUUCCAAACCCUUCGCAUCAAACCCGCUACUGACCCGACACAACCUGAAAUCGGCCCGUCCUUUUCCGCCGACGCCAAUCACGACUCCCGCCUCAAAUCAAUCACGUAUUCCAGCAGCUUCAAACUCUUACUCGCCAUGCCCGGAAGAAUUGAUGCCGGGCCCCGAGCGGGAGGAUAGGGAUUCAGAGAAAAGAAGAGGAUUUUCGAUUUCGAAAACGAAGAAGUCUGGUGGAUCCCUUAAUCUGAAGCUUGGGGGACAAGUUUGUCCAGUCAUUGAAGGGGAGCUUUCAGAUGAUGACGCGUUAUUGCAGGGUAAGAGCAGUAAAAAGCCGAAAGUUGUGGGCUCCCAGUCGAGUCGUGCCGUUUGUCAAGUGGAGGACUGCAAAGCAGAUUUUGAGCAGUGCAAAAAGGAUUAUCACCGGCGGCAUUGUGCUUUUGUGGGCAAUGAUGUCCAGAGGUCUUUCCAGCAGUGUAGCAGGUUUCAUGUUCUAAAAGAGUUUGAUGAAGGCAAAAGGAGUUGCCCUAGGCGUCUAACAAGACAUAACAAACGGCGGAGGAAACGGGCAGAAUUCUGGCAGGUUGAAGAGGGCGGUGGCAGGAAGAGGUGA